AUUUCAUACUCGUAGUAAAAACCUUUUCUGAAACCCUGAUUCACGCUAAAACCCAAAUCGCAGGCUAUUACCUUUGCCUGCAAUAAUCCCCAUCGACAAUGGAGAUCGACGACAAGGAAAACCCUAACCCUAAUGCCACCAAUUCACCUACGCAAACAGCUGUUCAAAUCGCACCAGUUGAAUCUCCGAUUCCAUUAAUCCCACCCGCAAUCACACCUCCAAUUGCUCCAAUCCCUGUACUCCCUCCUCCGCCUCCCUCAAUCCCACGUCCACUUGCCCCUCUUCCCUCUAUUCGUCCACCAAAUGGCGACGCUGCAAAUACUACAAACGAAAACGCCGAUUCCGACGAAGAGGGUGACGAGUCAGGUCCCGAAUACGAAAUCUCCGAAGAGAGCAGGUUGUUUAGAGAGAAACAGGAGAAAGCAAAACAAGAUUUCUUAAUGAAGCAACGUGCUGCAGCACUAGCAGUGCCCACCAACGAUAAAGCAGUAAGGUCUAGACUAAGGCGGUUAGGUGAACCAGUGACACUGUUCGGUGAAAGAGAGAUGGAGAGGAGAGAUAGGUUGAGGAUGCUUAUGGCGAAGUUAGAUUCAGAAGGGCAAUUGGAAAGACUGAUGAAGAUUUUGGAGGAAGAAGAAGCAGCUGUGAAUGCAGCAGGAAUGGAUGAUGGAGGGUAUGAGGUUGAAGGAGAGGCUGUUCAGUAUCCGUUUUAUACAGAGGGGUCUACGGCUUUGUUGAAGGCACGAUAUGAAAUUGCAAAAGAUUCAGUGGUGAAAGCUGCAAUGAGGUUGAAGAGAGCUAGAAGGAAGAGGAAUGAUCCAGAUGAAGAUGAAGAUGCAGAGAUAAAUUGGGCUUUGGAGAAUGCCAAGACUUUUUCUUUGGAUUGUAGUGAGAUUGGAGAUGACAGGCCUCUUUCAGGGUGUUCCUUUUCUUCUGAUGGGAAGUUUCUUGCCACCUGUUCUAUAACUGGAGUUGCUAAAAUAUGGAGCAUGCCCGAGAUAAAGCUGAUGUCAUCAUUAAAGGGACAUACAGAACGAGCAACUGAUGUUACAUUUUCUCCAACAAACAACCACAUAGCAACUGCAUCUGCUGAUCGCACUGCAAAAUUAUGGAACACCAAAGGAACUCUUCUUCACACGUUCAAGGGUCAUCUGGAUCGUUUAGCUCGUGUUGCUUUCCAUCCAUUAGGAAAGUAUUUAGGAACAACUAGUUUUGAUAAAACAUGGAGAUUAUGGGACACGGAAACCGGUGAAGAGUUGUUACUCCAAGAAGGUCAUAGUAGAAGUGUGUAUGGAAUAGCUUUUCACCCUGAUGGCUCUUUAGCAGCAUCUUGUGGGCUCGAUGCACUUACACGUGUGUGGGACCUACGAACAGGGAGAAGCAUUCUUGCAUUAGAAGGUCAUGUCAAACCGGUAUUGGGUGUCAGUUUUUCGCCAAAUGGGUAUCAUUUGGCGACGGGAGGUGAGGAUAAUACUUGUAGGAUUUGGGAUUUGAGGAAGAAAAGAUCGUUGUACACGAUUCCUGCUCAUUCAAAUCUUAUUUCUCAAAUUAAAUUUGACCCUCAAGAAGGAUAUUUCUUGGUGACCUCUUCUUAUGAUAUGACUGCUAAGGUGUGGUCAGCUAGAGACUUUAAGCCCGUGAAGGUUCUUUCAGGCCAUGAAGCUAAAGUUACAUCUGUUGAUGUAGUUGGAGAUGGACAAAGUAUAGCAACUGUUUCACAUGACAGGACAAUAAAGCUAUGGUCGAGCAAAAAUGCUGAAAAAGAGAAGGCAAUGGAUCUUGAUUAAAUAUUGAAAGGUGGGGAGAAAAAGUUCUGUAGUUCAUUCGUAUUUUUUUGACAAGAAAUUUUGUAGAUCAGUGUUAAUGGGAUUUGAUUUAUUAGUGAUAUCAAAAGAUAUAUUGUUUGGUGUAAAUUUAGUUAUAUUUAAAAGGCUGA